GCACUCAGGUGACCUCAGCAUCAUAUGAUUGCUUCUUUUGAGGGAAGUUAAACGGGACGGGGUAAAGAUGACAUCAGCUAUCACUCAGGGCUUAGAGCGGAUUCCUGACCAGCUGGGCUACUUGGUGAUCAGCGAGGAUGGAGUUCUGGCAUCCGCAGGUGAACUGGAGAAUGAUGAACACACAGCUGGAGUGAUCAUGCAGAUGGUGCAGACGGCCUGCAAAUUUAGACUGCAAGAAAGCUCGGAGCCGCCCUUCAAACGUCUGUCAGUCAUGUUUGAAGAUCAUGUGUUCAUGGUUACUGUUUCUGGGACAAAAGUGUUUGUUGUCAAGCGACAGAAUAACCAGCGGGAUCCAAUCAACGUUUAGCCAAACUUGGGAGCAAACAUGAGCCGCUUGUAGUCCUGACGGGCCAAAUUCCUGAGGGGUUUCUCAUGGUCACACAAAAGGGAGCCUUCCAUGGACUUGGAGAAUCUGUACAACUUUAAUUUAUUCAUUUGUGUUUCCCUUAAAGUUUGUGUAACUUGUGCUGCUUUGCUCUUUGGUCUGUUUAGUUUCUUUUGUGAGGAUGUGUUGGCAGCCUUGUUGCAUGUAUGCAGCACCCAGUAGGACAUCUUUGUGUGCUGCUAUAUCCAAAUGAUCACUGUCUGUGAUGUAAAUCCGCACCUUUUAUCAGUCACGGGGGGCUCUGAUGUGCCCGUUGAGAUGGAAGUUGGUCUGAAUCUACAGUUUUAUUAUUGGAAUUGAGAGGACAUAAUCCUCCUUCAUUGUAGUUUUGAGCACAGAGAUUUCUUUCAUGAUAUGUCAAUGGCUGUCUUGAUGUCUUAGAGGUGUCUGCCUUGUCUUUUUGUUGGGCUUAGAGUUGUCCUCUCAAUAACAAACAGUAAAUUCAUGUUCAAGCAUCUGUACUUUUUUUUUUUUUUUUGUUUGUUUUAUAAAAUAUAUUGGGAAGGUUUCAGUUUUUAUUUGCUUGAGUAUGCCACUUUGUACAAGGCGCUACUAUGUGCUGAUCACCUUCUCUUUGUGCGGCACGUCUAUGGCGUACCUUCCAGAGUUGUACUUGCUUGGGUGAGUCUUGCUGAAAAGAUGAUGCUGAUCUGAUUUACAGUGCCUAUUAAAAUAUCCUCCCUCUUGGUGGGAGUUUUCACAUUUUAUUAUAUACACCAUUGAUUCUCAAUGAAUUUAAUUUUGGAUAUUUUUGGUAUUUAUCAAAAUGAGACCUCUACUAAGUGGUCUAAAUUUAGCACAAAAUAAAAUCAAUUCAAAUCAGCAUUAAUGUACCUUUUGGCAUCCUUGACAGCCUGUGGUCUAUAUCUAGGUAUUCAUCACUUUGGUCAAUGGGGGGAAAAAAAAUGAUCACAAUUCUUAAACCAAUUAUCCGCUAAAAGACUGGGCCUGGCAAUGGGUUUGUAGGCCAGUGUUGGCACUGGCUCUCUGGCCUCUCUGUAAUGGCUGAAACAAGAGAGGGCAUGUGUUGUUGGACCUCAGCAGCAGAAGAUGGCCUGUCCUAGAACUGGGCUUGGGUGCUGCAUUGUCUCCAGUGUUGACAAAGGACAGAGAUGUUCACAAGCAUGGGGGACGUGUGUAUAAAGCAAUGCAUAUGUCUUGCCGAUGGUGGGGUCGAAUGAUCAUCAACUGUUGCCAAAUGUACAAUAUUUUAUUCUUACAAAAGUAUACCACCAUGUAUGAAGCCUCAAAGGCUGUAACUUUAGUGUGGUUGUCUACAACAAGGUGAAAAAGCACCUUGAAAAAGAAGGACAAAGGGUUCAUCCAAAAAUCAAGACAAAGCCUCGGCUUAACCCUUCGAGUCAUCGGGAGUAAGUGCAUUACUGCUUUAUACCAUACAAGCUGUGCUACCUGCUUACGAUGGGUUGUAGUCAUAAGUAAUGAACUUGACCUCCAUGUUAACGUUUGCAGUGCACCAUUUACUGGGAUGUAUUUUGCUGUGCCUGUAGUAAUAAAAUUCAUCGCACAUGUCGUUCCAAAAAAUGAUGCAUCACAAACAUAUAUAGUAAUAAAAUGCAACAUUAUGCAAGUGUGUGAUAUGCCAUAUGUUGGAAUGUCAAAUGCAAUGCAUUUUGUUACUACACGUUUGUGGUGCACUGUUGGAAUUACAAAUGCAAUGCAGCUGUCUCUGUUGUAGGCCGUUUGCUAUGAGAUUCAUAAAAGCAGUGCUAAUGUUUGUGAUGUGCCAUCUGUUGGAAUAACAAAUGCAAGGUGUUUUAUUACCACAAAUGUUUGUGAUGUGCUGAUUGUUGGAAUGGCAGAGCCAUGGCAGCCAGACAGACACACAGCUACACACAUUUGGCCUUUUUAGUACGGGGAUCUAUUGAUUCUGAGAUUAACAUGCAGUAGUUUGUAACCACAUGGCUUGGACAAAGCUUGUAAAUGUAUUAGCGAUGUGUAGUUUUGAUGUUUCAUUACUAUUAUUAGAAAUAAUUGUGUGACCGGCAGGCACAAGACAAAAUUUCACAAUACAAAUACUGCCAGUAUGAAAUUUGGCCUUGUAUUGUGUACCGUAUGGCAUUGCUAAAUGCCUAACAGGAAACAAAAAGUCAAAUGAAAAUGCCAUUUGUUGAAAGCAGGGGAUUUAAAAAAGAAAAUGAAACUUAAAGGUAUAAAAGGACAAACAGACUUGAGCUUUGGCAGAAGCGUCAUUCACCAUCAAUGUAAUGAGGUGAAGACGAAUGUUUUUGACACACAUCAUAGACAUUAACAUACAAGAGAAUAAUAAUAAUAAUUCAUUACAUUUAUAUAGCGCUUUUCUCAGUACUCAAAGCGCUAUCCACACAGGGUGGGUUCGGACCACAACACAAACUUAAUUUAGCGAGUCGCAGUCUCCGAAUGGUAAUGUGAAGUCCAGCGUUGUUUCAUUGCAUCCACAUAUUUGUUUUCAAAUUGAACUCUUGGAAAUGGCAAAGCACACAAACCUACCGUCGUGGUGGACCAGUUCUCAUGAUCUACUCAGGCACUACUGGGAGCAGCAAGCUGGUGUGGGAACGAGAUGUCGAUACGCUUAGGCCUGAUUCACAAAUCGCAGCCAGAUUGUGAUGAAGUGACGUUACACAGAUGUGGAUCUUGGAUUUCUCUCAAGUGCAGCCCUGUACCAGGGUGGAGAGAGAGAGCAAAUUCACAGCACUUGCUUUGGUGGUCACGUCUCACGUGUGUCUCCGCUGUGUCUGUGCUGGGUGAGUGUUAUUACAGUGUGGAAGUCUCAUCUUCAUGCAGAGCAUUGAAAUACUAACCUUAUUAAGUUCUUCAUAGAUCCAGUCAGGACCAACAGGUGAGGAAGGCAAAAAAAAAUAUUGGGACGAUUUUGUACUGCAAUGAUUUUAUAAGUUUAUAGGUUUGGGUUGAAAUCAAAGUAGACCUUAGUGUUUUGGAAUAUAUUUUGUAAAGCAUGUAGUAAACUUGCAGUCAUUGCAACAGCACAUAAAAACAUUUUGUAGUAAUUAAAAUGCAUUACUACAAAUGUGUGUGAUGCAGCAUCAGUUGGAAUGACAAAUGAAAUGCACAACUCUGUUAUAUGCCAUUUGAUAUGGGAUUUUUAAAAGCAGUGUUUGUGAUGUGCCAUCCGUUGGAAUGACAGAGACAGAGCACAGACAUUUAGCCGUUUUAUCAAUGUGGGUUACUGUCACAUGUACAGAAUACUUACAAGGGCAACAUGUCCUAUGUUUCUGCAGUGCAAAUAUUUUAUGUUUAAUAUUUUAUUAUUCAAUAAAAAAAGAAAAAGCUUGCAGCACCUGAUGUUAAACCUUAUGUAUUCUUGCACUGAUCUGAAGUUAUUUUACAGUGGUUUGAUUUAUGAAUGCCUAAUAAUAAGUAGCACUAAAUUUGCAGUACUUUUAUGAAAAUGUCAUACUGUGGAAGUAUUGUCACAUGAACCUUGAAUUGCAAAAUCAAUUGUAGUGUGAGUGAAGCGUGUGGUCUCGUGUCUCGUGCCAGGUGCACCUUUAGCUCUCCUCAGUUUAACGCAGCCACCCAGCCGCUUCAGACAGUGUGUGACACAAACGCGCACAGAGGAGCCAGCAGGCAAGUGCAGAUGAUUUGGGGACAAAAAUGAAUAGAUAGAUAGAUAGAUAGAUAGAUAGAUACUUUAUUAAUCCCAAUGGGAAAUUCACAGCCACUGUAACAAGGCGAAUGGAUAAUAAGGAGCUUAUAAAUGAGAUAAAGGUUUUAUCUGUUUGACCUGCGAAAAGGCUAGAAGUCAUUCAAAAGCACUUAUUAAAAGCCAGUCCCAAAUGAGAAAUGUUUACUUGGGUUAUACGUUAGAGAAGAAUUAAGAUGAGGAUACAGUAUGUUUAUGUCCCUUUUAUGGGAAAAACCAGGAGUGAAACCCAAGCCGCCUUUUGUGUCCUUUGCCUGUAUACCUAGUGUCCCUAUAAAUAAAAUGCAUUUAUUAUUAUUAUUA